UUUGCUUGCCCUUUUCCAGGGGACUAUGGGGAGCACGGAAGGCUUCCAGUAUCGGGCCCUCUACCCUUACCGUAAGGAACGCAACGAAGACAUCGAUCUGUUACCCGGGGACACCUUGGUGGUGAGCAAGGGGGCCUUGCAGGCACUGGGCUUUAAGGAUGGAGAUGAGCAAAUGCCAAACCAGAUUGGCUGGAUUCUGGGGGUCAACGAGCGCACCAAACAAAAGGGGGAUUUCCCAGGCACCUAUGUGGAGUAUGUGGGGCCAGUGAAAAUCUCCCUCCCGUCCCAUCGUCCCAGGGUCACCAGGCCUCUGCCCGCCACUCCUGGAACAGGAGUACCCCAUGCUCCGGAGGAUCAGGGGGUGACACUUCCAGAACUUUCUGAGCAGUUUGCCCCACCCGAGGUCGCCCCACCUUUGCUGUGUAGGCUGGUGGAUGUGAUUGAGAAGAAAGGGUUAGACAGCAAGAUGCUCUACAGAACAUCUGGCUCCGAACUAAGGCAAGCAUUGAGAACCGACUGGGCUGUGACUGGCGAUUUGGAGGCCUUAGAUGUGCAUUCCCUGGGCGAGGCUCUCAAGGGGUACCUGCAAGAUCUGCCAACCCCGGUGGUACCCCCUUGUGUGCAGGGUGAAAUCUUACGAGUGCUCCAAGAUGUUACCCAAACAGAGCUUUGUCAAAAGCAGCUGCUUUCGGUGUUGGAGUCUCCAGCCAUGCCUCUGCCACACCUCCUCACUUUCCAGUUCCUGCUCCGGCACUUUUCCAAGGUGGCUGAACAAGCUGAAAGCAAUGGAUUGUUGCCUCGGACCCUGAGUGAGAUCUUUGGGGUUCUGCUCCUUCGGCUCCCUGCAGCUGCCAGCUCUGAGACGACCCCUGACUUUCCAACCCUCUUCCUGGAGACCCUUCUGCAAACCAAGGACCCUGAGCCAGAUCUUCCCCCUCCAGCUCUGCCUCCAAAGCCACCCAAAGCGAAACCUGCUGCAGCCUCUCUAACCAACGGGAAUGGCACAACCCUGCAGGAUGCAGAGUGGUACUGGGGAGACAUCUCCAGAGAGGAAGUGAAUGAAAAGCUCCGAGACACUCCUGAUGGUACCUUCCUGGUGAGGGAUGCUUCUAGCAAGAUCCAGGGUGAAUAUACAUUGACUCUCCGGAAAGGGGGAAACAACAAACUGAUCAAGAUUUUCCACCGGGAAGGCAAAUAUGGCUUCUCAGAGCCGCUGACCUUUGGCUCUGUGGUGGAACUCAUCAACCACUACCGGCAUGAAUCCCUGGCCCAGUACAAUGCCAAGCUGGACACUCGGUUACUGUACCCAAUCUCCAAGUACCAGCAGGACCAGGUAGUGAAGGAGGACAGCGUGGAAGCGGUUGGGGAGCAGCUGAAAGUCUAUCACCAGCAGUACCAGGACAAGAGUCGCGAGUACGACCUUCUGUACGAAGAAUACACACGCACCUCGCAGGAACUGCAGAUGAAACGGACGGCCAUUGAGGCCUUCAAUGAAACCAUCAAGAUCUUUGAAGAGCAAUGCCAGACGCAGGAGAAAUGCAGCCGGGACUACGUGGAGCGCUUCCGGAGGGAAGGGAACGAGAAGGAGGUGCAGCGGAUCAUGAUGAAUUCAGAAAAGCUGAAGUCUCGCAUUACGGAAAUUCAUGACAGCAAGAUGAAGCUGGAGCAGGACCUCAAGCAGCAGGCCUCCGAAAACCGGGAGAUCGACAAGCGCAUGAACAGUCUUAAACCUGACUUGUUGCAGCUGCGCAAACUGCGUGACCAAUACCUCGUAUGGUUGACCCAGAAGGGAACUCGUCAGAAGAAGAUCAAUGAAUGGCUUGGCAUCAAGAGUGAAACUGAGGACCAAUACUCCAUGAUGGAGGAUGAAGAAGAGCUGCCCCAUCACGAUGACCGGACGUGGUAUGUAGGCAAGAUCAACCGCAUCCAGGCAGAGGAAAUGCUGGUGGGCAAACGUGAUGGAACCUUUCUUAUUCGGGAGAGCAGCCAGCGAGGGUGCUAUGCCUGCUCUGUUGUGGUGGAUGGAGACACCAAACACUGCGUGAUUUACAAGACAGCAACAGGCUACGGCUUUGCAGAACCUUACAACCUCUACGCCUCGCUUAAGGAGUUGGUUUUGCACUACAAGCACACCUCCCUCGUGCAGCACAAUGACUCACUCAAUGUCACACUGGCACACCCGAUCCUCUCCCAGCCUCCACCAAGAUGAACGCUUGUCUUCUCUGCCACUUUCCACUUCCUACCCUUCCAGAAUCUCCGAUGAAUGGCUUGCCUUUCCUUGACCGCCCCACGGGAUCAAAAAACCCCUCAGAUUUCCUUCUUGUGUUCACCGUUAACUAUGCCUGUUGUUCAAUAUCUUGCUUUUCAUCGGUGGCUCUCCUCUUCUACUUCAUUUUCCUGCCUACCCUCGUUUCUCUAAGCCGGUAUUUUUCAACCUUG